ACCAGUGCAACUAUGAAGUUCACUCUGCUGGUCGUGCAUUCGGUAUUCAGCUUGCUCUGCAUCAGUCAGCAAGUAGAGUCCGCCCGGAUCUUAGUGGUUAUCCCGACACCAUCAUACAGCCAUCAGAUUCCGUAUCGAAGAUUAUGGCUCGAGUUGCACGAACGCGGCCACGCAAUAGUGCUCGUCACAACGGAUCCGAUCCCGAACAUAGACUCGAAGACGUUCCAACAAAUCGACGUUAGUAAAUCGUACGAGACCUUGCGCAACCUUGAUUUCAUGAAGAAUCGUUUUAAAAGGAUGUCUUGGCUGACGUUCACAGAGGAGUAUCUGUAUGACAGGGGAUCUGAUUUCGUAAACGUUGUGCUGAACCACACGGAUAUGAAAACGAUCUACGCACCCAACAGCACGCGAAAAAUCGACCUUGUGAUGGUUGAAUUUCUGUCGAUGCCAGCCCUCUACGCCUUGGCUCAUAGAUUCGACGCACCUUUGAUAGGGUUGAGCUCACUGGGAAUUAUUUCACUGAAUCAACACGCACUCGGUGGUCUGGUAUUGCCAUCGCACGAGUACAGCUGGGAACUGGAGGCGAACACAGGAACGAAUAAGCCAUUUUAUAAGAGGCUACAAAAUUUUCUUAAACUCUGGCGGUUCUUGUAUAUUACCUACCGUGAUCUCUUCCCACGUCAGCAGAAAUUAGCGGAAGGAUACUUCGGCCCCUUGCCUCCGUUGCUCGACAUACUAAAGAACACCAGUGUUGUAUUUGUCAACCAAGCCGAUGCCAUAACGCCAGCCAGACCGAAGCUUGCGAACAUGAUCACCUUCACGACUACCCACGUUGAGAAGACCCCGACUCCUUUGUCCGCGGAUCUGAAACGCUUCGUGGAUAACGCAACCGAAGGAUUUAUCUACUUCAAUCUGGGUAGCAACGCUAUGAGCUCGAGCAUGCCUACAGAUACCUUACAAAUCUUCCUUGAUGUAUUUUCCAAACUGCCCUAUAAAGUUGUGUGGAAGUUCGAGAGGGAUAUGGCCAACAAGCCCGAUAACGUCUUUACUGAAAAAUGGCUACCACAACAGAGCAUUCUUGCGCACCCCAAUAUUAAGCUGUUCAUCUAUCAAGGAGGACUACAAAGUACUGAGGAGGCGAUACACUUUUCGGUACCUCUAAUAGGAAUGCCGAUAUUAGCGGAUCAAGACUACCAAAUACUCAGAUUGGAGGCCCUCGGUGUUGCAAAAUACAUCGACAUCUUGACUAUCACAAGUGAAGAAUUGGAGAGUGCCAUUCAAGAGAUCAUAAUUAAUAAAGAGUACAAAGAAAAGAUAAUCGCAUUGAAAAAGCUCGUGAACGAUACCCCGUACGAUAUGACCGGGAACCUAGUAUGGUGGGUUGAGUACGUGAUUCGCAAUAAAGGCAUUCCUCACCUUCGUUCGAACUUGGCACAUCAACCGUGGUACCAGUACUGCGACAUGGACAUCGUGGUAUUCCUAACGAUCGUGUCCGUUUUAAUCAUUUUAAGCAUAACUGGCAUCAUCGCGAAAUUGGUCGUGCGCUCGUACAAUUAUUACCAUAGGAUAACUGCUCCCAGCAAACAAAAAAUCAGAUAACUAGAAAUCGGUAAAGCAGAAAGUUGGAAGUAUGAAUGAACCACGAACAGCAUCACACUAAGUAUAACUAUAAAUUUAUCAAUUAUAUUUAGUUAUGCGUUUUAUGGCAAAUUAGACUGAUCGAUUCGGUAGUUAUUGAUUCAGUCGGAGCUAGGGAGAUACGUUGUUGGUGUGUAGUAAUUAGUUUACGAACAGAGUGAGCCAGAAUUGUUCAAACUGUGCUCAAACUUUAUAUUGUUGAUUUAGUUCACUAUAACUCAAAUAAUUCUUUAAUAGUAUAUGUGUAACGAGAUGUGCUGUUUACGUAAAUAUAUAAUGAAUGGGAAUUGGACAACGCAAUGUGUAUGACUUGACCAUGUUUGUUCCUAGUAACAGGGACACGAUUUAAUCGAUUCGUUUUGUUGUAUGUGUGACCAUUCAUCGAUGGUACUGCCUGAAUGAUGUAACAAAAAAUAAAAAUAUUUUUGUUUUGCAAACA